CAAGCACUGUGGCUGGCUGGGCUUCCGCAGUAUAAAAGCUGGGGCAGACCUGUGUGUAGGAGCUAAGGGUUCCUCUGUGACAGACACUUCGGCAGUCAUGGAUUCAUCUGACAUCCAAAGGAAAAAGGUCGCUAUCAUUGGGGGUGGCUUGGUUGGAUCGUUAAAUGCAUGCUUCCUUGCAAAGAGGAAUUUCCAAGUUGAUGUAUAUGAAGCUAGAGAAGAUAUCCGAAUGGCCAAAUCUGCACGUGGAAGAAGCAUUAACUUGGCCCUUUCUUAUAGAGGACGACAAGCCUUGAAAGCCAUUGGCCUAGAAGAUCAGGUUGUAGCUCAGGGUGUUCCGAUGAGAGCAAGAAUGAUUCACUCUCUCACAGGAAAAAAGUCUGCAAUUCCCUACGGGACAAAAUCCCAGUAUAUUCUUUCUAUAAGCAGAGAAAAGCUCAACAAGGAUCUAUUAACUGCUAUCGAGAAAUAUCCCAACGCAAAGGUGUACUUUGGCCACAGGCUGUUGAAAUGUAAUCCCGAGGAGAGAACCAUCACGGUGCUCGGAUCGGAUGAAGUUCCCAAAGAUGUCACCUGUGACCUCAUUGUAGGGUGUGAUGGUGCCUAUUCAACCGUCAGAGCUCACCUCAUGAAGAAACCCCGCUUUGAUUACAGUCAACAGUACAUUCCUCAUGGGUACAUGGAGUUGACCAUUCCCUCUAAGGAUGGAGAUUAUGCCAUGGAGCCUAAUUAUCUGCACAUUUGGCCUAGAAACACCUUCAUGAUGAUCGCACUUCCUAACAAGGACAAAUCUUUCACGUGCACUUUGUUCAUGCCCUUUGAGGAGUUUGAAAAACUUCAAACUAGUCGAGAUGUGCUGGCUUUCUUUCACAAGUGCUUUCCAGAUGCCAUUCCUCUAAUUGGAGAGCAAAACCUGACGCGAGAUUUCUUUCUGUUGCCCGCCCAGCCCAUGAUCUCCGUGAAGUGCUCGCCUUUCCACUUCAAGUCACACUGUCUGCUGAUGGGAGACGCGGCUCACGCCAUCGUGCCCUUCUUCGGGCAAGGGAUGAAUGCGGGCUUUGAAGACUGCUUGGUAUUUGAUGAGUUAUUGGAUAAAUUCAAUAAUGACCUGAGUAUGUGUCUUCCUGAAUUCUCAAGACUUAGAAUUCCAGAUGACCAUGCGAUUUCGGACCUAUCCAUGUACAAUUACAUAGAGAUGCGAGCACACGUCACCUCAAGAUGGUUCAUCUUCCAGAAAAAUGUGGAGAGAUUUCUUCAUACUAUCAUGCCCUCCACCUUUAUUCCCCUCUACACCAUGGUCACAUUUUCCAGAAUAAGGUACCAUGAAGCAGUGCUGCGCUGGCAUUGGCAAAAAAAGGUGAUAAACAAAGGAUUCUAUCUCUUUGGAGCACUGACAGUCAUGGGGACUACCUAUCUGCUUAUGAGCUCCGUGUCACCGAGACUCCAGGACUACUUGAGAAGACCAUGGGACUGGGUCACUAACUUUCAGAAUACAACAUGUUGUCCUGCCAACUCCAUGGAGUCACUAGAACAAAUCUCCAAUGUCACUAGGAGGUGAUAGAGGUGCUACAGUAGCAAAUAUACUUGAUUUCUCUGUAAUCGAAUUGAAGGAUCAAAACCAUGUCUCCCGUCAUCAAAUUUAAUUCACUAAUGGAAGACAUCUGUCAUCCUGGCAUUAAAUUCAGUGUAGAAUUACUUUAUGUGUUCAUUGAAACUAUAUAUUUUUUAAAGCUGCCACUUGAAGGUGCAAUGAGCAGCUUCCCAAAACACUAUGCUUAUGUCUAAAUAUAAAAGUGCAGUAACUAAUACGGCUUUCACUUCUCAAAAAGUGAGGCCCUAGAGACGUCGAGGAAGACACGGAUCACACACGUUCUUGAAUGGAGGUAACAGAGAUCAUGACAGGAUUUGACUCGAUACCUGGGACUAAGUAUUCCAGUGUGCCUUACAAUGUUAAUGACACUUUUGAUCACGCGGAUGGAACUUAUCAAAGCACAGGGCUCGGGUUCACUUGAUGAAACUAGAAAUGUAAAUGAAAAAUGGGGGACUUUCUAGAGAGUUCACAAUGAGUUGAUAUUAUUUCCCAGUCUUCAAAGGCCAGUGGUAUCUUCUGAAGACUAGAAAAGUCUAUGAAUGCCAUGCUAAGCGAAGGAGAGAAAGGAUUGUAUUUAUGAAGGAAAUACCUACAUAGACAAGAGAAGACAGAGGAAACAGAGGGAGAUGGUAUUUGUAUAAAUAGGAAGGCAUAUUUUAUUCCAUUUCAGACUUUUGGAAGCAGGUACUACUAACUUGAACUACAUGCUGUUGCACAACCAGAUAUAAAGUGAUUUUGUCCAGUGAAAAA